CAACCUUGACUCUCAGCUGAACCUUUCCCUUCACUUUGGGCUCUCUCUCUUUUCUUAGAGUACUUGUAGAGGGUUUGAGAGCUUUCACAGUGAUCGAUCGGCACUGUUAGAUUGGGAAAACUGAUCAUCAUCAAGGGAAGGGAAGGCGCGCAUGGGACGGGCGCCGUGCUGCGAUAAGGCGAAUGUCAAGAGGGGGCCGUGGUCACCCGAGGAGGAUGCCGCCCUCCGGAGCUACUUGGAGGCUCAAGGCACUGCCGGGAAUUGGAUUGCUUUGCCUAAGAAAGCCGGUUUAAGAAGAUGUGGGAAAAGCUGCCGUUUAAGGUGGCUGAAUUAUCUGCGACCGGACAUCAAACACGGAGGUUUCACCGAAGAGGAAGACAAUGCUAUUGUCAGCCUCUACGCUGAAAUCGGAAGCAGAUGGUCAGUCAUAGCAUCUCAACUGCCCGGAAGAACUGACAAUGAUGUGAAGAAUUACUGGAACACCAAACUGAAGAAGAAGCUUCUCUCGGGAAAGAUUAACCUUCCGACUUCCAAUAACAGUAUCAGCACAACCAACAACGGUUGUUCAUCCUCCUCGCUUGGCACCAACAGCGAGUUCGUGCCUGCUCCUCAGAACUAUAAUUACCAAGGAUUUUGGGCUGCCUCAGAAGCCAAAGUCGACCCCGCAAUGUACUCGGCAUUGCUUACUAAUGUUCAGUACGGGCCAAGCCUCAACUCACAUAGCCCCAGUGCGGAAAUCGGGUCUUUCGUGGACUUUAGAGGCAACAUCAAACCAUCAGUGUCUCAAGAAUGUUCGAGUACCGUAAAUUCAUCCGGAAACUCUCCCAAUUCUCUCGGCAUGGUGGAUUACAACCGGUCAGUGUCGUUCUCGGGUAAUGGAAGAAUCACAGGAGAAGAUGGCGGGAUGAACUUCGGGUUCGGAUUUUCUUGGGAUAUGAUCAAUGAGCUUCUGUUUGAUGAGAAAUUAGCUGGCGAAAUUUCUCCUAAUGCUUUAGCUGAAGUUAACCCACAGGUGCUUAACCAAAGUUCUAUCAAUUUCCAGUACUGAAAGAGGACGCAUUUAUUUGAUUAUAGGGAUAUUAAUUAUAUGAUAUAUAUAUAUAUAUAGGUAGCUCGUAAAUUUUAUGAUAUAUAUAAUUAGCUGGUGUACGGACAUUAUAUUUUUUAUUUUCCUUGUCAAGUCAUUUAGGAUGGCUUGCUUUAAUUUUCAUCAGCAGUUGGAAAUUCGUAGUAAAGUUGCUGAACUAUAUUAAGAGAAAUUAAUUAGCUUUCA